UGAAUGACCGAAUAGACAUGUCGUUGGAUUGGAAAGAGUACAAAGUUGAAUAGUGUAUUUGCUGGAGAGAGAGAGAGAGGGCACUUUGAAUUUGAAGGAGGAGAGUACUGUAGUAAUCCCAUUGAAACAGGAGUGGUCUCAAUUCCAUCUUCGAUAUUGGAGGAGACCAUGAUAGCAGCAGUGAUGUUCAGUCACAGAUAGAAAGAGCCUUUUCAGAUGGGGGACACUCCCGCUUACAAGCAGUACGUCGCCGGCUUACUUGCCGGAGUUUCCACCGUCGCCAUUGGCCAUCCCUUCGACACCGUGAAGGUGAAGCUGCAAAAACACAAUACUGGAGCACAUGGGAUCAAGUACAAGAAUAGUUUGCAUUGUACUGCUAGGAUACUAAGGACUGAAGGAAUUAGAGGACUUUAUAGAGGUGCUACAUCAUCUUUUGUGGGGAUGUCUUUUGAGAGUUCCCUCGUUUUUGGCAUUUAUUCCCAGACGAAACAGUUUCUGCAGGGAAGUACGCAGAGUAGUGCUCCACAGCCCCAUGUAAUAAUUCCUUCUGCUGCUUAUGGGGGAGCUAUCAUCAGUUUUGUAUUAUGUCCAUCAGAGUUAAUUAAGUGUAGGAUGCAAGUUCAAGGAACUGAUUCUUUGGUUCCAUUAACUAGCAGAUAUAGUGGUCCUCUUGAUUGUGCCGUUAAAACUGUAAAAAGUGAAGGGGUCAAGGGAAUCUUCCGUGGAGGUGGUGCGACUUUUCUGAGGGAAUCCAUUGGAAAUGCGGUCUUUUUCAGUGUCUAUGAGUUUGUCCGCUAUCACAUGCAUUCACAACUGAAUUCUGCAUCAUCUGAAAACAAUAACUUAAUUGACGUGGGAGUUGGAAUUGUGAGUGGUGGUCUUGGUGGUAUUGCGUGUUGGUCUGUUGUCUUGCCCUUGGAUGUGGCUAAAACUAUAAUUCAAACUGCCCCAGAUAAGAACACGACACGAAAUCCCUUUCAAAUCUUGAAUUCAAUUUACAGAAGAGAUGGAAUCAAAGGAUGCUAUACAGGUUUAGGUCCCACCAUAUGCCGUGCAUUUCCAGCUAAUGCAGCAGCCAUUGUCACCUGGGAGCUAGCCAUAAAACUUCUUGGCAUCAAUCGUGACUAACAACAAUGACCAUGCCAGUUACAUAUAAGGCUCUUCUAACCUGUUUUUUGAUUCUUAAGAACUCAAACAUCUGUAAGUUUUCGGCUUAGAAAAUAUUUGAUCCACGGGUUGUUGAGUCAAAAGGGUCUGUUAAGCCGAAGCUAGCCAUUUUGUUUACAUAUAUUAUAUUUUUUGAAAACAAUUAUUUUGACAGAACCUGGA